AUGGCGGCCGAGGGGCCGGGCGGGACAGCGAGGGGCUCCGGGGCACCACAGAGCCACCGAGCCCGCACAGCGCCUCACUCAGCCCCCACACGGCCCCCGACCGGCCCGAUCGCCUCACACAGCCAGGGAGGCUGCAACAGACCACAGCGGUCUACCCGCUCCCAUCUCCCCGCUCCAGCAGGGACACCGCACAGGACCGCGUCCGGACCAUUCUGGGAUAUCUCUAGCGAGGGCGAGUGCCCACGCUCCCCGGGCACCCCGUCCCGGCCGCCCGCAGCGGGAGCGCUUUGUGCCCCGAGCCCCUCCCGGCCCCGCUCACCGCGUCCCCUCAGCGCCGCGGUGGAACUUCGCGCCAAAGCGCCAGCGGAGCCCCGCCCCCGGCGGAGCGCGCGCGCGCGGGGCGGGCGGAGGCGCGGCCCCGCCAUGGCCGCGCCGGGGCCCGCGGAGGCGGCGGCGGCUCCGCCCCGCAGGCGGAAGCGGAAGCGGCCCUGA